AUUUAAUGCGCCUCUCACUAGAAAUAUAUAUUCUGAUUCUUUUAAUUUCGUUUUAAAUUUAUUUGGAAUACAGUAUUUUCUGUUGUGUUUCUUUUCAGCUUAUAUCAGGUGGAAUUAAGAUCCAGGUUUUGACGAUGCAUCUAAAGUUUACGAUAGCUGUUCUAAGCCUUUUUGUGGUUUUAAAAUUGACAAAAACGAAAUACAUUUCUAAAUCUACAGAUGAUGUUUAUAACGAACGAUCUGAAAUAUUAACCAGUGCAGCGGCUGAUGAAGCAGAAUCGACAUCAGAGCCAUUUUCUGAUGACCCUACUUCUACAAAAUCUAAUGGCAUCAUCGAACCCGAAAUAUCAUGGAAAGAUUAUUUUAAAAAUCUCAAUAAAACAAACGGAGAAGCAGAUGAAUCCAAGGGGUUUUGGCCAUUCUUUCCCUAUAUUGUCUUUGCGGUGGUGGUUCUAGGCCUAGUGUACGUGGUGAAGAUGUUUUUGGAUUUUAUGAAAUUUUGUGCCAAGUUUUAUCAAAAGCUACCGCCAAAAUUUGCUUCAAAACAAAUACAAACAUGUGAUGUUGAAUUUGUAAAAUCGAGUAACAUUCAAACAAAUCUUUGAUAUAUUUUUUAUCCCUUUUGUAAUUUAAAACACCUGUUGUUUUACUUAAAUCAUGUAAAUCUAUCAAGGAAAAUUCAUUAUAUCAUACAAGAUUAUACACAUCUAUUUAUUACACAUCUAUUUGUACAACUAUUUGUUUAUUAUACACAUCUAUUUGUGGAUAUUAAUCUUAUGUAAUCUCUUAACUCACUUAAUAUUAUGUGACGUUAUCCAUGCAGC